CUUUCAUCUUCCAUCAGUCUAUCUUCCUACUUCCUACCUUCUAUUGCUGUGGAAAAAUUUCUCUGCGAAAGAGAAGGGUUUCUCCUUUUCAUAAAAUGCAACACAACUGGCGUGAGUUGCGUGAUCAUUGAUCUGUUCUUCAGUUUAUCUCUGCUUCAGCUACGUCUAAAACACAUUGGCUAACGAUUGAUGCACGUAGUUCCUCUGGUUGGAAGUAUUGGGGUCACACAUCAGAUCGUUCAAACUGCUUCAUCAAACGAUGAAAAGUAAACGCCUGGUGGGUCUCAGAGAUAAUGUUGGCAGGGCUUGGGGAGAGGAAUCAAGGAAUAAUCGGUUGAGAGCGGAUCUCAUCUUAGGGGAUGUGAUUUGGGUCAAAAUCAAUGGUAAUAACUGGUGGCCUGGACAGGUUGUUGAUGAGAACAAUGUGAGUGAUGCUCUUAAACCCCAAAAUCGAUUAGCGGGUGAAAUUCUUGUUCGACUGUAUGGAAGCUAUGAAUACGUGUAUGUAGACCCUCUCAAAUGCACCGCUGAGUUUGAGAAUAUUCUGAAACAAAAUAAUGGUAGUUACGGUGAAAUAUUUCGGAAAGCCUUGGAGCAUGAUCUUUCCUGCAUCAGAUCUUCUAGAAGAUGGAAAAAGGGAGAUUCCAAGCCUAGAGGGACACCUACACUUGAAGCUGCCAAAGUUGAAAAGUUAAAGCAACAUGGAACAAGAAGAACUCGGGAAGCAGAUGGCUUAAGUUUUGCUAGUAAUUCUCCAAUAAGACAAGAAGAUAACAGCAGAAGUCAGAAACGGGUGAAGAGUGGGGAACUUGUUUCCAGAAAAGCAGGAGAGGAAGCUUCGAAAAAUGACGCCCCAAAGCGAGGCUUAGUUCAGACGAAACUCAAAGCAAACAUCCCAAGCUCUGCUAGGAGUUCUCCAGGAAGACAGCAGGAUAAUGGUAGAACUCGGAAAAGAGUGGGUGGGGAAACCAUUUCUAGCGAAAAAUGGGAGGAAGCUUCAAAACAAAAACAAGAUGUAGUUCAGAAGAAACUCAAAGCAAACAGCCAAAACUCUGCUAGUCGUUCUCCAAGAAGACAACAAGAUAACAGCAGAAGUCAGAAAAGGGUGAAGAGUGGGGAACUUGUUUCCAGAAAAGCGGGAGAGGAAGCUUCAAAAAAUGACACCCCAAAGCGAGGCUUAGUUCAGAAGAAACUCAAAGCAAACAUCCCAAGCUCUGCUAGGAGUUCUCCAAGAAGACAGCAGGAUAACGACAGAACUCGGAAAAGAGUGGGUGGGGAACUCAGUUCUAGCGAAAAAGGGAAGGAAGCUUCAAAGAAAAAACAAGAUGUAGUUCAGAAGAAACUCAAAGCAAACAGCCAAAACUCUGCAAGGGGUUCUUCAAGAAGACAACAAGGUAGCAGCAGGCCUCAGAACCCAGUGAACAGUGAACUCAUUUCAAAAAAAGCAGGGGAGGGAGCUUCAGAAAUUGACACUCAAAAGCAAGUUCAAGGUCAGAAGAAACUGAGAGCAGACAGCCCAAACUCUGUAUCCUCCAGUGUGCUUUCUCGAACAUAUUGAUCUUAAAUUGAAAUGUAAUUAGGUAUUGAGCACAUCAGGAAAAUCUCAGCAUUUGGGUGAACGAAGAAUGAGAGUAAUGCAGAGUCUGGGCCUCGUUUCCCCUUGUGGAUCACCAUUCCUCAGAAAUUGACUUGUGUUGCCAGGUGACUUGAUGAAUUUUGCUCCUUGGGUACAAUUUCAUUGGUACCCUGUAUCCUUUUGAGUUUGUACUAGAUGUUGGACGGUUUUUUUUUUUUUUCGAUGACAUGGGGAAAUGACUUGCGCCUAAGGUUGAGCUUUAUCACAUAAAACUGCAGUUCUUGGACAACCUGUUUUGACUGUCAUAUUUGUGUAUUUGUGACAUGCGUAUCUCCUUUUCUUGAGGUUGUUUUGAAUGUUGACUGGUUUCUUCAUAUUUAUGACAUGCUCAUCUCCUUUUCUUGA